GACAUGCGCAGAGUUGCCGAGUUAGAGAUGUCAACUUGGCAAGAUAUGACUCCUAUGCGAAGUUAGUAAAGUCUGCGCUUAGCAGUUUGAAGUGGAGCAAGCUUUGAUCGAGAGACACUGACAGCUUAUCACAAUGCAGAGCUACACCAAGACAUCCCCUCCCCCCUCCCCACAGCCGGGUGAGGCCACACUCUAUAUGAACAUGCAUACAUCUCACACGUCACCGACCAUGUCCCAGAGGUGCUCUGACCUGGCUUUGUCGGCAAAGAAAUACAGAUAUUUCAAACGCCUCUUCAAGUUUCGACAGAUGGAUUUUGAGUAUGCCUUUUGGCAGAUGAUCUAUUUGUUUAUUGCUCCACAGAAAGUGUACAGGAAUUUUCAGUAUAGAAAACAAACCAAGGACCAGUGGGCAAGGGAUGACCCAGCUUUUUUGGUGCUUUUAGGUUUCUGUUUGUGUGGAUCCUCUAUAGGCUUUGCACUAGUCCUUGGUCUUGGUUUCUUUAAUUUCCUCAAGUUUACUAUUUGGGUGAUAUUUGUGGACUGUAUAGGAAUGGGACUACUAGUGGCCUCUAUAUUCUGGUUUGUGGCCAACAGGUAUCUUGUCGCAAUUCCAAACAGAGGCCAGGAGGUGGAGUUUGGUUAUGCUUUUGACGUUCACUUAAAUGCCUUCUUCCCUGUGCUCAUGAUUCUGCAUGUUUUUCAGCUGCCAUUUUUGUACUUUAUAAAUGCCAACCAUCAGUCCUUCUUAUCCUACUUUUUUGGCAAUACACUGUGGCUGGUUGCAGUGGGAUACUAUGUGUACAUAACAUUUUUGGGAUAUAGUGCUUUACCAUUUUUAAAGAAGGCGCAGGUGUUACUCUCACCUAUGAUGGGACUGGUAAUCUUUUACAUCCUUUCAAUAGCAUUUGGGUGGAAUUUUACCAGAUAUCUCUGCAACUUUUAUCACUAUAGGGUUUGGAGCCCGUACUAGGACUGGGACUUUACCAGAGCUUGGUGUACAGUGUAAAAUACCUAAUGAAGACAUGCAUGACAGAUACGAGGGGAUGAUGUUAUCAACCUUUUACUUAACCAAGUAAUUUGUAUUGCAUAUUAAAAAAGUCCAAGCCAAAUAAAUUCAAGCAUCUUUAAAUGGUGAUAAGUUACUGCUUCAUAUGCAUAAUGUUAUACCGCGUUAAGCAUAUGCACUGAAAACGGGCACCUUGAGGUCGCUUUUAACUCGGAAGACAAGAAUCUGGUGUGUGUCAUCUAAUCUGUAUGAGGCAUUGUACCUGUUUCCUCAUACUUAGGUGAAUGAUGCAGUAUGUGCACUGAUUAAACUGGACUCGUCUGCAUAGAAACAUUUGUCCAAGGCAGCAAUAGUACAGUAUAAUAAUGGUUUUCAUCGUAGCUGGAAUGGUUUUGUGUCAUAUUUCACAUUCUGCUUGUAGUUUAAAUACACAUGAUAAAUGUUAUGGUUUUUGAUCAUAUAUUCCAGAAUACAAAAUGUGAACAAAUGCUGAAUAUACUCCUUUCAAGUAAUAUGCUGGAAAGACAUUUACUUUAAUUAACUUAGGAAGAAAGAAAUGCUUCUUGUAAGUUUUGACCAGUUUGGGGAAAAGUUAUAUUACGCAGGUAUGGACCCAGUUGGUAUGGGUUUAUUGGAUGCAAUUUAUAAAUAUAAUAAGAAGUAUUCUGAUUAUUUACUGGGCAGGGGGUCAAACUUGUUCUAACUUUAUGCACAAAAGGAAACUUUUGGACAAGGAUAAACUUGGUAAGUGUAGUUCCAUUUUACAAUGCUUAAAAUCUUAGCAUUCUAGAUUGCUUGUUUUCAUAUUUUCUGUGUUGGUGUGAGAAAUUUACAUGUGAUACAACAUUGUACAUAAAACUGUACAUUUUGUAUAUAAGAUCAAGAUCAUAUUUCUGGUAUGUUCUGUGGAAUAGGAAAGUAUGUGGGGCUACUGCAGAUAAUGUGUAUGAAAUGAACUAUUAUGAAUAUGUAUUUCUUGUACUUGGGAAGUGCAUCUUAAUAAAUCUGGAGAUUGGUUCAA